CUGAUCCUCCAAUAGAAACAAGAUGCAGUUACUACACCUGCUAUACAUGAAACCUGUUGAGUUACUCUGAUGGAAGAAGUAAGACUUGGUAGCUAAGAAACAGGUUUUUGUCAGAAUUUGGCUAAUUUAUGUGUAAGCAGCUCUUAUAAAAGGGGGUGAAUUCCCAGUUGAACAAAAGCCAUUCAUAUUGAAGGGGAUGAAUGGAGCUCAGCCUCUGAACUCAGCGGGUUCAGAUUUGAAUGCGAAGUCAAAAAUGUCCCAGCCCCCUCUAGUCUUAGAUACUGAUGAAUGGACACUUGUCCCUUUGAUGCCAGCUUGUUCCUCGACCAAAAUAAGUAAAUCUACUGGAUCUGUAAUGAUUUUUUUUUUUUCUUGAUCUAAGUUUUUUCCCCCCUCUGAGAAUAGUUCAGUCUGAUUCCUUGGCAAGGCUGUGCAGCUCUGUUCAGGGAUUAGCCAGCUGCACAGCCCAGAGGGGAGGGGCUCGGCAUUCCUGCCCUGCACCUCUGGGUCAAUAUGCUGAGGGGCCCUCUGAGCUAAUUGGUGCAGAGAGUGACAAAAGGUGGUCUGCUUCAAAAGAGGAAUCCUGGUGAGAUGUUCACACUGGAGAAGAGGAUGAAGUUUGAGUAAUGAAAACUCCUUUAAAUUGUAGCUUCUCCAUGUAUUGUCACUUAUGCGCUGAGAUGUAGAAGACUGGUGCUGGUUUUUACUUUGGAUGGACUGAAUGUUCUUGAGGCACCAGCAGCAGAACUAAACGUUGGAUGAAGAUGAGCUACAUGCAACUGGAGGAAAGCAUCAUCUCUUACCUCUCACAGAGUGAAACCGAUGACUGCCCCAAAGACUUUAAUGUGGUGGGCAUCCUGCAUAACUUCUGGGAGCAGAAGCAGACAGCUCGGUGUAACGACUCGUCCUCUGAGUCGGACAGGUUUUGUGGGAAGCCUGGCAGUCACACAGACAGCCUGCUGUUGUACGAGUCAGCACCUCCGCCUGGCCCCCCCUACGUCUGCUACGUCACUCUGCCGGGAGGAAGCUGCUUUGGCAACUAUAAGUGGCCGUAUUGUGAUCCAGCCAGCAGCUUCCACCUUAGGGGAGGUCUUCUUAAUGGUGUGUGACACCCAAGCAGAGGCUCGCAGGGACGCAGCUCGUGUGGCUCUAAUGAACUCAAUGGUGAACGAGUUGCCGUGUCGACGCAUCACCGCUGAGUUCAUCACUCAUAGUCUGAAUCAAGCCGCCACAGAAGGCGCUGUUCCUGUGGAGGAUUCGUGCGAUUCAAGCACCAGCAUAGGAACCUACAGUUUGCUGCUUCAGUCCUACAUGGGAAGGACCAUGCUGGAGUUCCAGGAGAUGAUGACAGUGUUCCAGUUGUUGCACUGGAACGGGACAUUGAAGGCUCUGAGGGAAAAGCAGUGCUCUCGACAGAGCGUGAUUAGCUACUACUCCGAGCGAGGGCUGGAUGAGAGCAUGCGGAGCAGCAUGGCUCUGGAUUGGCUAGGGCGGGAGCAGAAGUCACCUGGACUCCUGGCAGUGGAGCUGCAAAUGGCGCAGAGAGAGUUGGUGUUGGCGCGACGUCGAGGCAUAGAGCUGCGCUUCUACAAAGAAAAAACAGAGAUCCUCAGCCUGGCCCUCAGUCAAGCAUAUAUUCACCACACGCCUGGAGCUUUCAGCCUAACUCCAAGUCACACAGAUCAGCACGAAGAGCUGUCUUUACACGUGUUAUACAGCCAGGAUACAGAUGACCAAACGUUUCAGCACACUGUGUUUAAUAACGCCAUGCAAACUUCCACAGACACACCCGCUAACAGCCCCUUGCUAUUUUCACAGUGCAUGUUUGUGCCUUUAUAUAACCCUAAAUACAAUGAAUAGGAAAUAAAAUAACAUGCAUUGUACAUGAAAUCUUUGUGAAUGGUGCAGUGUUAGAGGCAUCAGAAAUCAUGACACAUGUCAAUGGCCAUGAUGUUUUCUGGGGGGGGUUUAUUAGAGAUUUCAACAGAAAUAAAGUAACACAGCAUUUUAAAAAUAAAUCAUUAGCACUUUGAAAAAAGUUGAAAAUAAAAUGCUAUAUCCUAAACUCAAAGCAUGCGCAGCUUUAACCCUAAAAAGAAGAUUGUUCACAUUACCGUUCCCACAAUUAUAAGACCAUGUUGCAUUUGCUUUGCCGCUGCUAGUACGUUUUCAUUUGUCUUUUAUAGCACAAAAUGUUGCCUGAAACUUAAAUAAAUUGUUGACAUGUC